GGCGCUGCACCGCCCGUACUCAAGAUGGCCUCCGUCACCAUGCGGCUGCCGGUAUCGCGCAAGCCGGUGGCGCUAAACGCGCCGCAGGGCCCCGAGAAGCACUUGGUGGCUCCGGGGGACACGAUCACCACGGAUACAGGCUACAUGAGGGGCCACGGCACGUACGUGGAGGAUGACAAGCUCAUCGCCUCGGUGGCCGGCGUGGUGGAGAGGGUGAACAAGCUGAUCUGUGUCCGAGCGCUGAACACCCGGUACAACGGUGAGGUCGGCGAUGUCGUGGUCGGGAGGAUUACGGAGGUUCAGCAGAAGCGAUGGAAGGUGGAGACGUAUUCCAGGCUAGAUUCAGUCCUCUUGCUGUCAUCUAUAAACUUACCUGGUGGGGAACUGAGAAGGAGAUCGAUAGAAGACGAGCUUGCAAUGAGGGACUGUCUGCAGGAAGGGGACCUCAUCAGUGCAGAGGUGCAGUCUGUAUUCGCUGAUGGGGCAUUAUCGCUGCACACACGGAGUCUGAAAUACGGGAAGCUUUCCCAGGGUGUGCUCGUCCAGGUCUCACCGUCUCUUGUGAAACGCCAGAAGACUCACUUCCACGACCUGCCCUGUGGUGCGUCUGUGAUCCUCGGCAACAAUGGUUACAUCUGGAUCUAUCCAACUUCAGAGCAGAGAGAUGAAGAGACAGGGGGCUUCACCACCAACUUGGAGCCUGUUUCCAUGUCUGACCGGGAGGUGAUCUCACGGGUCCGAAACUGCAUUGUAGCUCUGGUUACUCAUAAGUUGAUGCUCUUUGACACCAGCGUCCUGUAUUGCUAUGAAGCAUCCCUUCCUCAUCAGAUCAAGGACAUUCUCAAACCAGAGGUGAUGGAGGAGAUCGUUCUGGAAACCCAACACAGGUUGCUGGAUCUGGAGGGAUAGGGCACAUGGCCAGAAGCAGUCAUUUGAAGUCCCGACAUGGCAGCUUUUGAUUCCCAGUAUUUUAUUUUUUUUUCCAGUGUUCUAGUCCCCAACAUUCAUUCCAUAUUUCAGAAACCACCAGAAUUCCUCAUUUUAACUCCUGGGAUAUGUCUUGAGCCCUUUUAGUACAGUAGUACUAAGCAGUGCUUAAGUACAAUAGCCUUUUAGUGCAGCAGCCUGAAAAAUUGGUAUCUGACCUUUGUGAAGAUGCAGGUACAACUGGGACAUACCCCAUAGCACUUGUUGCUGUGUCUAGUGCCCCCGAAUAUCAUGCAGAAUGAUAGAGAGGAAAGGAUGCGUUUUGUGAUGCUUCUCUCUCCCCAAAAGCUUUCUAAAUGGUUUUGAUUUUCCUUUACUGCGAUACAGGUUUGCCAGUGUGGCCUCUGAUUGAGAACUCUUGUUUUUCUCUUUGUACCUGGGAUAUACAGUCUUAGUCUGUAGAGAACAGGAAUAUCCACACCUUUGCUAACCACAUUUUGGGUCUGGUGAGCCAGGAGCCAUGGGCAAGCAGUGUCUUCUCUGCAUGUGUUCUGCUGGUCCCUUUAUUAUGCCUAUUGUAGUGAGCUCUUCCUCUGAGGAGGCUCCCGUGUUUUCUAUUAAAUAUUUUACAUUUCAAUAAAUUUUUGAAACAGAUCAGUCAUUCAGGGGUGUGUGCAUUAGCUUGUCUUUCUCCAGAAUGAAUUGGGUCUAGCUGGAGAGCCACAGCUGGCUCAUUUCCUUGUGCCAGGGCACUCAGAAUGGUUGCAACGUCCUGUUAUCUCCCCCUCAACUGCUGCUCUUCAUCCCAUCCAAGCAGGGUUUAACCUUCCUCUUCAGCAUUAUCUUCUGUGCAGAAUUCCUGGCUAAGUAGUAGAUUGCCUGGUGGUGUUCACAGUGGCUCUCUCAACAUUGCUGCCCUGCAGGAUCCCAUGGAGGGGUGAGUCUUGCAGCAGCUCUGUCUGGGGGGGUCACAGGGAGCCCAGUAAGACACUGGUGAAGAUUCCAGACCAGUGGUUAGAGAUGGGCAUGCUGAGCCAGAUGCAGGCAGUCACUUGUCUUCUCUGUACAGAAUGGUUGUGAUGCUUUCCUUGGAGCAUCCUCUCAGAUCUCUGCUGCUGUAUUAGAUCUGUCUUUGUUGUACAUAUUGUGUGUAUAUAUUGUAUUUGUAUUGUAUUAGAGCUGCUUGAACCACAGUGCUGUAAUUCUUUAAAAGGAUGAAAAAGCAAAAUGUCA